CAUAGAGGCGCACAACUCAGACAAAUGCUUGAUUGCAACUUCAUCUUAGUGACAGGAAUUAAUUAAGCAUCAUCAUUAAUUUAAAUGACUUAAGAUCUGAUCUAGAUAAACAGAUUUAUUCAGUAACAGCAAGGAAUUUUCUCAGUUGAUCUCCUGUAUUAUUUCUUGGAUUUCCUCUCUAACUCUGAGGAUUGGGAGCUUAUAACUGAGGAUGGCUCGGAUCUUCUGGAUGAUGGGUUUCGUUCUGCUCACUCAGGGGUUCUUAUAUGUCCUUGGAGAAACUGGAGUUGGCUGCAAGAAAUGGCGUUCAACUGAUGAAGGUGUUUGCUGCGAUGAAUGCCAUCCUGGGAAUCGUGUGGUGAAAAGAUGUGGCCCAAAUCCAACAGAACUCUGCACUCCAUGUGAAAGGGACCAUUAUACUCUAAAGACUUUGUCCAGCGAAUGUAGCAUUUGCUCUCAGUGUGUUGGUGCUCUUGUCCAAUUGAAAGCGUGCACCCGUACAAGCAACACGCAGUGUGGGUGUCCAAAAGGGCUGCUCUGUGGAGACAACCCCUGUACCUUCUGUGUGGACGAGUGCUCCAAAGGCUUUGAACCUAACAAAUAUCGUUCUUGCACUCCUUGCCCUAAUGGGACCUUUAAUGACAAAAUUCAUCAAAAGUGUAAACUUUUGAGUACCAGCUGCAAAGAUCCAAACCAUGUUAUGGUUUUCAAAGGAAAUGCUUCUUCUGACAUUAUAUGCAAACCACCUUCAACUACAACAUCUACAAAAACUCCACCUCUAAACAAAUCCAGGAGACCUGUAGAGACAACAGAACAGGGAUGGCCAACAGUGUUAUUUGUGAUCAUCGGAGCGUUUAUGAUGUGCCUCAUCAUCUUUAUCACCCUUGCAUCUUUCCUAAUUCAUCACAAAGGCAAAAAGGAAAAGAAACAAAGAACUCUCUCGAAAACCCCUAUAAUUGGGACUCCUACAGAUGAUCCAAGGACACUGAUUGCCAUUGAGUGCAGUUUUCAUGAAGCUCAACAGGAACAGGGAAACAGCACAGAAUCAUUAAUCUCCAAGGACUCUGGAGGUACUGUGUAAAUGGAAUCGAACAAGACGGAACAUGACAUCGGCAGCUGAGGAAAACAGAUUUGUCCAAAAGAUGGGAUUCUGCGUUUUACUGAGCCAUGAGCUUAAAGAGGCUUUGUUCUUGCAUCAAUGUCCCUGGUUCCUAAUGCAGGAACUGUGAUGCCCCUCUACUGUUUGCUUAAUAGUAAUCCUUUGAUGUCUCUGUACACAUAAACAGGAGGAAGGGGAAUUCUGUGAUGGUGGAAAUAACCAAGUGGACUUCAUUGACUUUGUUCAUCAUGUAAAUGACAGCAGCCUCUCUGUUCUUCCCCCAAAUUACCAACUAAGCAGAGUUCACAUGUUUUAAAAGGUCAUAUAUGUUCAGUAUGAAACACUUACAGUAUUAGUAUACUUAGUAAUAAGUAGGAAUUGUACAUUUACUGAAGCAAGUUACUGUAUUAAUUAUUAUUUUAGUGGGAAAGAGAGUUAACAUGUUCUAGAGUGUUGUUCACAUUGAAAGUACAGUGCAAGUGGGUUUUUCAGCUUUUAGUCAUUUGUCAUUUCAAGCCCACAUACGCCUCCUGGUGCAAGCGCUAGCCUUUACCUUCGUUCCAACGAUCAACCUAGUAGUCUUUUUAAAGUUUUCUUUUUUUUUUUUUUUUAGCUGAGUGUGUUGAGCAAAUUGUGUGGUUAUUUAUAGUGUGAGUACAUAAAUGAGGCCAAGCAAGAGAAGCGCUGCUUUCGGUUAGUAUUUAAAUAUCUUCUAUAAAAAGACAAGACUAUUUUCUACAGCAGCCUGACAACGAAAGGAACAUUUCUUGUUUUAGGUCAGUCAGGGUUUUUAAUGUGUUAUAUAUGUUAAUGAGAAAAUGUGUUCUUUUAUGUGGCACCAAGAUUCUAUUUAAAGUCAGAAGAAUUGUUUUAAACAGUCAAGGGAAAUCCAGAUAAUGACGGCAGGGCUCUGUCGGUUUCUAAUAGGUUGACUCUAAACAUUUCAGGUGAAUGGAGGUAUACUUGUGAAUGCCCUGUGAAGGAUACCUCAUACAGUAAUUUAUUAUGGAAAAAAAAAAUCCAAGUUAUCAGGCAGAGAAUAAUGAAACUUCAAUAUCAAAAGAAAUCAGACAGACUUCAAACUUUUGGAGCAAAUGUGCCUUUUAAGAGGACAGAGGACCAAAGUAAUCCUGUAAUUACCUACAAAGUAGCUUAUAUACAAGAAAUCGGGAAAUCCCAAGACCAUGAUCUUAGACCCUUAAUUGAGGUGUGAAGAGAACCUAGAAUGUGUGAAUGUGAGCAGGAUGAUCUGCAAUCCUCACUGUUUUAGACUUUGGAAAGAUGAUCGAAAUGUUUGACCCAAGACAAAGUUUUAAAGCCACCUCUGCCAAGUAUUAAGGAAAUAUAUGUAUGCUGCAAAGUAAAACUAAAUAUUUUUCUUACCGUCUGGCCUUAAAUUUGAAAUUUAAGGUCAGACGGUAAGAAAAAUAUGUUUUUUUAAAACAAUAUCUGGUUUCAUCAGUACAACUUGAAGAUAUUGUGUUUUUAAUAUAACUCUGAAGGGUUCAAAUAACUAACUGUGAAAGUACUAUUGUAGCUUGGUUUUAUAAGCAAUUGGGCAGCUUUGCAUGUGAUAUUGAUGAAAUCUUGAUGGAUUUCCCUGCUGCCUAAUGGGUCAAGAACAAAAAACAAAAAAGGCCUAGAAAAGGGUUUUCCCCAGUGUUGGUAUUUUUAUUGGUAAACCAGCAGGGAUUUACUUAGUUGUAAGAGAGGAAUUAAAUAAGCAGAUGUUCAAAGAGGUGCUUUUAAGAAAGCUGAGUCAUGCCUCUUGCACAACUCUAAACGCCACAGGGCUACAGAGAAACCUUUAAUAGCGUGUUUUCUGUGAAACGUAUUUGUGCAACAGUUCAGUGGCCUAUUGAGAUAAGACUAGCCGGAUGUAUUAUUUUUGUUGAUGAACUGUAGCAGGCGUAUUUCUUUACAAAAUGGAACAAGUAAGAAGUAUACAGUGUGGGCUUAUGGUGGAAAAGAUUAGCCCACAUCUAUUGUGAUUUAUCAUACAAGCAUGUGGACAAUGAGUCACAGCUCACAGGUGUCAUCCUGAAAGCAGCUAACAAAAGCAUGACUGUAGCACUUUAUUUUGUCUACCAUCUGCUACCUGAAGCAAAUGACACACUUGUUUGAAGAAACUUUUAAUGUAAAUGUAUUUUGUUUCUGAACUGUGUUCAAAGUUUUACAUUUUAAUUUCAUACAUGUUUUAAACAGCUAAUAAAUAUAUUUUUUAAUUGUUGUGCUUUUAUACAGGACAGCUACAAAAAGGCUACACUCCAGCAAAGCGGUGGCAUUUGACAUAUGUAAGAAAAA